AUGCUGCCCAGUGAUGGAGGCAAGAAAGCUAAAUGCGAGGAGAACACAAGUUCCUUUGUGACAGGGACUGGUGUUGAAGAUGGAGCCACAGCAGCAUCACAUGGGCGCGUCUCAAGUCGUCCUCUCUCUGCUGCAGCUCGUCUCUAUGUGUACGCACUGCAUGGCUGCCUCUGUGAGGUGGCCUUCACUGCUGUGUGGGACUGGUGCGGCACCCAGGACAGGAGGCUGGCAGGUCACAGCAGCCUGUGGGCACUGCCUAUGUACGCCAUCGCUAUCUACCUCCUAGAGAUCCUGAGUGCCCGGCUGCUGUCUCAGCAUCUCCCACUGCCAGCGCGUCUGACGGCCUACACCGUGUUCAUCUACCUAUGGGAGUUCAGCUGGGGGACGGGGCUGAGGCUGCUGGGGGCCUGUCCCUGGGACUACUCUGGUUAUAGGUACAACCUCGGGGGACUGGUGACUCUGGAGUAUGCACUGCCCUGGACUGUGGCAGCAUUUAUAGCUGAGCAACAUGUGAUCAGGAACACUCUGAGGAUAAGACUGGCACAGCUGAACUGA